AAAUCGGUCGCCAAGCCCGCUGCCGAGAAAGCCGGCGGACAGACCCCAAAAGCCUCGGCCGCCAAGGCCGUCAAGGCUCAUACUGCCAAAUCCCAUUCAGCCAAGGCAUCCUCGCACGUCAAUAUCCAAAAGGAAAACAAGGCCAUCCCGGCGGCAGCCGAGCCGCUCAACAAGGCAGACUACAUGGACUACGGCGGAAGUGACCCAGUGGUCCUGCUGCCGGCCAGCCCUGCUUCAGCCUCGAGUGAUGCACUCCUGCCUCCUGCGGGCAAGGUCCGGAGCACCAAGCAGAUCCUUGCGGAAUCGACCCUCUUCAAGAAAGAAAAGGAUCCCGUUGUCGUCCCUGUUCCCGAACAGCAUGUGCGGCAGACCAUCAGGGCCCUGCAGGUCGGCUCGUCUGCACCCACCCAGCGCACCCAGCGCACCCAAUCGAGAACCCGGAUCAAGUCCGAGACUCCUGUGGAGGAGGCAGUACAUGCGUCGGACCCUGCUCUCCCGGACACUACUGUUUCUGAGGAUGCCUCUGCUUCUGCUCCGGAUGCUGAGGCCCCUGUCACCAACCCUGGCACCAUGACUCCUUCCCGAAAGGCUGCCCUCCGCGCCCGCAAGGUAUCGACCCGCCUGGGCGGCUCCCGGUUGGCCUACGAGUUUGUUCCCAAUCCUGACGCUCCCUACAACGCUCCUGCUGAUGUGUCUCCCAGCGAUGCAUUGACCUCGUCCCAGGAAUCUGUCGUCUCUACCCCGAAGCGCUCGAUUCGGAAACGAGCCACAAUCGAUCCCCUCUCGUUCCCACCCGCCGAGCCAGCCGCAGAGGCUAAAGCCGACACCAGUACUUCGCUGACACCUGCCCGCAGAUCCCGUCGAACACCAUCCCGUGCCUCGUUGAUCGCCCGUGGUGCCUCAACCUCCCCUCCGGAAGCCGAGGCGCCUGAAGCACCUGCCCCAGCACCUCCUGUUGCGGAUAAACCUCGGCGGAAAUCGGCCAGCGCCAAGACCUCAAGUGCAAAAACAGCCAUCAGCACCAAGACAUCAGCGGCCAUCCGAGCCACUGCUGCCACCAGAGCCUCGCUUGCAGCAAAGGAGGCCUCGAGCUCUGUCCCGGUGGUCAUUGUUCGCACCCCUCCUCCUGUCCUGGCAGUCUCUACUACGCCAUCUGAGCCCUCCCCCAAGGUCGCCAGCCCGGCCGAUUCGGAAAUCAAUCGCCCCACCGCCUCAUCGCAGUCGAGUCCUCAGGAGUCCCACGAUGCUCCCGUCGCUCCAUCCACUUCUCAGUCCGAGAUCGAUACACUGUCCGAUGUUGCCCAGACGCCUUCGCGAAAGUCACUCUUUGACUUUUCUUUCGUGUCCCCGCGUUUCUUCACCCCCCGAUCGCCUGUCUCGCCUUCUUCGGAGUCGCCAUGGACACAGUCCAGAAUCGAGACUGUCCCCCCACUGCAGGAAGACGACGAUCUGGGCGAGAGCCAGCCGCCUGCGGCAACCUCGCCUCUCGCUGCUGCUUCUGCAUACCGCCGCGAGCACCGGACUCCCAACCAAACCUCGGCUCAUUCGCUUGCCCGCACGACUCCAAGCUCCUGCUCGCUGACUGAGCCGCAGCGCCCUCAGUCGCCCGACUCCAUCUAUCUUGAUGCUGACCUCCCUUCGCCGGUCGCUGCGCCUACGAGCUCGAUCCGACCCCUCUCGUCCAUCUUUGGCAAGUUUGCGCGCUACACGGAGGGAUCCAAGGCUGCAAGCGACCCUCGGAGCCCUGCCCCAGUUGUCGGCAAGAAGCGGGAGCGCCAGGAAGUCACUCCCCAAGUCCAUCGCAUCGCACCAAGCCCCCUCUCUUCCCAGGACGACAGUGCAAGCAAUGGCACCCAUGGAUCUGAUCCUUUUGCCAAUUUGGCGAGCCGGCCAAUCGCGCAGCCCCGGCGCUUCAACCGCGCUGCUCUGGCGAAUGGAUCGCUGUACCCAAAGCUUCCUUCUCAGAACACGCUGGGUCUCCAGACACAGCUUGAAGUGGAGAUUGAGCCCGCGUCUGCCAGUAAGCGAGUCAAGUACGACGAUCAGGCCAACACCACCCAAGUCCCGAUCUCGGCCCCAUCGCGCCCCGCAUCGCAGAGACAAGUCGAUUUGGUUCGCAAAGAUGGCUCCCGGCUCCCGGUUCGAAUCCGAGGCACGCCGCAGCGAUCCUUGAUCCGCAACCCGAUCAUCUUGACCACAUCCAUCUUCCGAAGCUGGUUUGGCCAGCCAAAGACCGAGCCCGACGACAACGAAGAUGACGAGGAGGAUGAAGAUGAAGAUGAAGAUGAAGGCGAGGACGGAAGCGAGGAGGAUGAAGAUGCCGACGACGACGAAGAUCAACCAAGCGACAACGGCGAGGAAUCUGUGUACGACGAAGAGAUCGCGCUGGAAGCGGACGAGGGCUUCGGUGACCAUGAUGAUGUGGGCGAGGACGACGGCAACGGAGAAGACGAGAUCGAGGACGACCCCAUGGACGAAGACGAAGAUGGGAAUGGGGAUGGGGAUGGGGACGAAGACGAGGACGAAUACCGGCCCCAGUAUCUCCCUGGGCAGCCAGGCUGGCUGACAUCGAUCUAUAAUCGCGUGGCACGAUCGCUCAAUUAUCACUGAGUUGGACCCGUGUGCUUGCUCGCUCCGGGUCGCUCAUAAAUGAAGCGGGACACCCUGUUACAGCCAAUCCAAUAAAAUCCGGGACACCUCGGAUUU